UCUCAAGCUGGUAUCAUGGCAGCGUCAGUCGUCAAGAGGCUGAGGCUCAGCUUUCUGGUGCGUGACAGCGAAUCAGCCACCAGCAAAUACUCUAUUGCUCUCAAGACCAGCCAGGGUUGUGUGCACAUUAUUGUAGCCCAGACCAAAGAGUGUGGUUACACACUGGACCAGAGCAGCUGUGUGUUUCCCAGCAUCCCUGAAGUGGUGCACCACUACUGCACCCAGCGUCUGCCCUUCACCGGAGCUGAGCACAUGACCCUCCAACACCCUGUACCCCGUACACACUGAUAAUCUCCUAACACAAACACACAUCUUUCUGCAGACACACAAUGGAAAACUAUACACUGCAGCUACUCCACCAUAAAUGACUCCACAUAAAUGUGCUCCAGCGGUCCUCUGCAUGGAAUCCAUUACCAUAAUCCCAACCUAAUACUCAUCUUUCCUCCCUGUAUGCAUGUGUCUGUGUUUUAAUUUAAAGAGAACGAGACUUCCAGUACUCUGUACUGUGUUCCCAAACCCUUAUAGUAAGUCCUGUACUAAAUU